GCCAGGGUGAUGGUACCACAACAACAACCCGCGGGGGCACCCGCGUGGCGCCAUUUGGACCGCACGCGCUCGCCGGCUUUGCCGAGAAGAAGUCUGCUACCCCCGCCGGAUUCGCUUGGGAACAGGAAUACCAGUACCAACAACACGACCGGGGUCGCGCCUUACCUUCCCCGCAGAGCAACUGUGCUUGAUGUUGUCCCUCCGCGAAGAACCAGUGAUCCAGGCGACAAUCUUGAUUCGGGCGGUGUUGGCAAGAAUCCAGCUUCAGCUGCUCCAGUGUCAAAUUCUAUUCCCCGUGCAGCAGGUGGCCGUCCGUACUCGUCGGUCGAACAGCCUCUCUUUCAGUUCACUGUGCAGUGGCACUACCUGCAAUCUCCGGUUGAAGACGAAGACGAGGAAGAGAGCAGUGCAAGAAGUGCCGUCUUCACUUCGGAGCAAGCAGCAUCAAGGGAAGAGGAACAACAAACGGCUCAUCUGGACCGCGACGCAGGGUCAGCGUCAAACAGCGAGUCGUCAGCAUCCACUUCAGCGCCCCCCGCGGCACGGGUGUUCUCCUUCGAGUUGGGGAGCCGGAUCGAGAAGCUGCUCGUCGAAAGACUGGAAGAGAGCGCGGAGGAAGUUGUGAGUGGUACAAACAAGGCGCAGCCGGUGGUCGACGAAAAACUUGAUGUUGAGCACGCAUCGGAACAUGAAGGGGGCGAAAUAUUAAAGCGUCAGUGGGCACCCAUGAUGUACUGCGGGUUUGAGGACCGGGUACUGUUGACGCAUCAGCAACCACAAGACGUCGAUGUUGAACUACAACCCGGAGAAGUUGUUGCCUCUAGUACUACAACGGAAAAUGUUUUCCGCGACAUGGGCUGCGUUUUGAUUCUCGCACGGCUGAAGACGGAGUUUUCGCCCCACCCCGUGCUCACCGAACCGGAGUUGGCGAC